GAGAAAGCUGUAAGCAUCUGGGAGUCCAAGGAUUUCUUCUUUGAACUGGAGCCUCUGCCAGGAGCUGUGGAAGCGGUGAAGCAGAUGGCGAAUCUGCAGAACACUGAUGUCUUCAUCUGCACAAGUCCCAUCAAGAUGAUCAAGUACUGUCCCUAUGAGAAGGGCCUCCUGCUACAUACAGUACAUUAUGCUUGGGUGGAGAAGCACUUUGGCCCUGACUUUCUGGAGCAAAUUGUGUUGACCAGAGACAAGACUGUGGUCUCUGCCGACCUUCUCAUAGAUGACCGGCCGGACAUCACAGGGGCUGAGCCACACCCCAGCUGGGAGCACAUCCUGUUCAUCUCCUGCCACAAUCAUCACCUGCAGCUGAAGCCCCCUCGCCGGAGACUCCACUCGUGGGCAGAUGACUGGAAGGCCAUCCUGGAUAGCAAGCGGCCCCGCUGAGGGCUGUGCUAUGACUCUCUCCUGGUCCAGUGUGGGGCUUGAAGCUCAUGACUGGACGGCAAACAGCCUGCUGAGGGCUGUGCUUUAGUUCCUGGCACUUCCUGGAGGAUCCCAAUGGACUGUCUGGUCAGGACAACUUCUUGACACACUCCCCUUUUCCUGGCUCAGCAAGGCCUUAACCUGAUCUUGGGGCAGGGCUGGGAGAAAGGCAUUUGCUCCUGGGCAACUUUGGCCUGACCUCAGGUGGUGGCCCAUGUCACUCCCUCUCACUGCUUACAAUAGGGGUGGUCUCUAAGGCACUGGGGUGUCCUGGUCCAGGAUCUGCAGCCUUUGCAAGGUAAGGAAUGCCAGGGACAGGUGACAGGGGUUCCCCUGGCAGGCAUGUGCCCUUCCACCUCUAACAUAGCACCUUGUUUGUUCUCACCUCCUGGCUUUCAGUGGCCACCAGGCUCUUUUGGAGGCCAACAGUAACCCUGCCUAUGGUUAGUGGUGUGAUCUCUUUCUCUGGUGUAUCUAGAUCCCAUUCACGGCCUAGAGAGGAGUCAGUAGGCUUGAACAUUUGUUGACCAUAUGAGAAAUAAAUGCUAUUCACAUAUA